AUGAAGGUCGCUUCUUUGCUUAACCCCGAGCCACCGCCGGCGAGGGCUCCGCUGCCAUCUGCUCGUCCGCAGCAGUCUGAUGGGCUGGGGGCGGGUUCAGGGCGUGGGGAGGAGAGAGACGGCAUCAACCACAACGGACAAAGCAACACAGUUCUAUCGACGUCAACAUCAACCGCAACUUCAUCAACUAUCCAAAUCCCAGCUUUAGUUGAAGCCAAUCUACCACAAAUAGACCCUCCCCACAUACGCCAACCCCAAGAACCCCCUCGUCUUCCGAUACCGCCGCCAACCUCAGCCCCGGCCCCCAGUGGUCCCAUCCCCCCUCCCCCACGAUUCUCCCCAACAACCCGUUCAGCAGCCCGCGAAGAUCGUGUGCGCUUCCCCCCAUUCGACAUCGACGUGCUGGACGAGCUUGCCCGACGUGAGGUGUUACGGUUUCAGUAUGACUUUAAGGUGCCUGGCGAUGAGACGACGUAUACGGUUAUGUGGGAUUAUAAUGUGGGGCUGGUGAGGAUGACGCCUUUUUUCAAGUGUCGAGGGUAUACCAAGACCACGCCGGCCAAGAUGCUCAGCCAGAAUCCUGGGCUCAAGGACAUCACGUAUAGCAUCACUGGAGGGUCCAUCAAAGCACAGGGCUACUGGAUGCCCUACUCCUGCGCCCGCGCAGUCUGCCGCACCUUUUGUGCAGCCAUUUCCGGGGCUCUCAUCCCCCUCUUCGGCCCACACUUCCCACAUGAAUGCAUCCCCGAGAACGCCCCUGGCUAUGGACGCAUGGUAAUCCCUGAGGAGAUUGUCCACCGUGCAACGACCGAGUCGAGGGCGAUGAGGGUCGAGGCUGUGGGGUAUCAUCAGCCUCCUCGACACCAUCCAAUGCAAGGGCAAGUUCCAGCCGGCCAGGGGGUGUAUUACGGUAUGAGAAUGAGCGUUUCCAGGCUGCCGCCGAGUCCACGGCCAAGCAGGAGUGUCAGUCCUCUUCCACACUCCCGGGAGAGGUCUCAACAGCGAUAUGGAUCUGUUCGCGAGCGCAUAGUACACUCAAGGCGGGGGUAUCCCCCCCCUUCUCUCCGGCAAUACACCAGCUAUUCGUCUGAUCAGCAGCACCUCUAUGAACGGGAUAAGUUCCUUCCCAGCCCGUACGACACUGAUGAUGGUCCCGAGCAUGGGUAUGGCCCUGCGCCGAGAAAAGUUUAUCCCCCUCCUCCGCCGACGUCGGCAGGGGUAAGGGGUCUCCCUCCUCAGCAUUCGCCUAUGCCGGUGCCUUCUUCUACCCGGCGAUGGACAGCAGUUAACCAUGCCCCUCCACAGCCAACUCCUCAGCCCCCGCCGCACCCUCUUGUCCCCCCACUGACGUCCUCGACUGGGAUGGUGCAGAGGGAAAGGCAUUGGCGUCCUGGUCCUGGUCCUGGUCCUGGGACCCAGCGGGCUUGGAGAGGGUACCACUAUCCCCCUGAACCUUCUCGCAGCCAGGAAGAGGAUCGCUAUCGUCAGCAGCAGCAGCAGCAGCAGCGUGAAGAUCAACAUCAGCACCAGCACCAGCAGCAGCAUCAACAACAGCUACCCCCCAUCCGAACGCUCCAGGCUCAAGACGCUCCUCCUUCACUCUACCAUCCUCAUCCUCACCAGCAACAGAGUCACGCCCAAGCCCCCUCCUCCUCCUCCACCUCCCCCUCCUCCUCAAGCUCAAAUUUCACUACAAACACAACUACAUCAUCAAACACAACAACAGUGAGCAGCCCAACAACCACUACCCCCAGCCCCAAUCUCAAUCCAAACCCGAACCCCAACCCAUGGCUGUCUGCCGUGCCCAGGGGUGGUAACGCAAGAAGUGGAUUUAUGACGGGUCUGACACACGCAACUAGUACAGCCAACUCUGUCGGUAAGAUGAGAAGGGAGAUUGAUGAUGAGAGGGAGAAGAGAGAAGUAGUUUUUGUUUGGCGACACGGUCGAAGGGAGACUCAUGGGGAAGAGAAGCAGGCGUUUGAAAGCAGAAAACGGCAGUUUGAUGAGGAUGUAGAUACAGGGGAGCAGGAACAUCAAGGCAAGAAGCCUUUCACGAGGUCUAGCAAGCCUCAUACCUUCUCCCCAAACCUCUCAUCCCCUGCCCUCACCCGAACUCAAGACCUGAACAGCAACGUCUUCAACCCCAUAACCGUUAACACCUGGUCUCGAUCCCCUCCAGCAGACCAAAUUAUCAAGCCUCCAACUGAAAAAGAUACCAAACCAACCACCCUUCGAACUCUAACCCCGUCUUCCCCGUUUUCCACAGCAACGGCUACCGUCACUCCUCCAGCGAGUAGACCGUCAACUUCUUUGUCACCCUCAUCUUCUCAGCCGGGCUCGCCGUCUUCACUCAGCAGUGCUCGGGUCCCAGGGAGGGAGAGCCCUAUGAGUAUGGGUAUGAGUGAGAUUUGGGAUAUGAGAGAGAUUGCAAGGAGGGCUGUGGCUGCUGCUGUCGCAGCCACCGUUAAUAAUGACGCUUGGGGCACUCAGGGACCGGUAAACGGUCACAGUCUUGGUGCUGACGGAAUUGGUAGGGGGGAGAAUCACAUCCACAGGGAGGAGAUGGAGAUGAGGAGGGAAUCAGAACGUGAAGCGGCAGCGACGCUGAUGAGGUUGCAUGGUUGCGAUCGGAGGAGUGGCGAAGGCCUUGACAAAAGCACUCAUUCUGGCUCAUAUUCCACAAACAACAACAGCCGGUCCAGCGUCCCGCCGCCGGGAAGAUCUUCUCACCAACCGCCUUCAGCUGGAUGCUCGCCCAACCAGAUCCCACGUCCAUAUUCCUCAACUCCCCCAUCCCCAUUCCUAUCAAGGAGUUCACAACCCCGUUCAACGCCCACCUCGACCCCAAUAGCCAUCGAAACCGCUCCUACCAACACCAUCAACGGCAACAAUCCUCGUUCCUUCGAGACAGGGUUUGCUCCCACGCCAACAACACCAAUCAUACCCAGUGGAUGUGCAGGAGAUGGAACGAAGCAGCCCCGCUCUGGUAUCCAUGAAGUUGUUGUGACGGGUGGGGCGGAAGCUGACCGCCCUUCAAAGACCUCCGCAAUUGGGGGCACAACAUCCAACGGAGAGCAAAACCACAACAGUGAAGUCGAGAAUGAUGUGAAGACGGUUUCCGUGCGCUGUCGGAGCCCAACUCCUUCAAGCAGGCCCGGGACGCCGACGUCUGCUAGGAGCAGCAGCAGCUGGAUGGCCAGAUCAGAUACCAAGUUGAAGAGGAGGAGGUUGAAGGCCUAG